GGCGGUCGGCGGGAACGGCCGGUGCAGCCGCUGCAGCGCAGCGUGAGGCGCCGCCCGCCAGCCCUGGGCGGGAGCGGGGUACGGGACACGGCGCUGCCGGCCGCUGCCCGCGGGAGCGGGGCGCUGGCCAUGUGCGUUCGGCAGGAGCAGCAGGGACCGCUCUCACCUCACCGGACGGGAAAGCUGUCCUGGCCUGAAUUCAUGCCAUUGCAAGCUCAGGGCUCAAUGACUUUUGGGCCUUUCUGGAAGCAGAGUCUCUCCUGAAGUUAGCCAUGUUAGCACACAUCCCAUGCAGAGACUGUAUUAUAGAAACUGGCUUAUUCUAGCAGCUAAUAGAGAUGAAUUUUACCACAGGCCAUCCAAAUCGGCAGAUUUUUGGGACAGCAGCAAUGAGAUCCUUAGUGGUUUGGAUAUGGAAGAAGGAAAAGAAGGUGGGACGUGGCUGGGAAUCAGUAAGAAAGGCAAGAUGGCAGCCCUGACAAACUACAUGCAGCCAAAGAUUGAUAAAAAUGCAAAAGGAAGAGGUGCUCUUGUAACAAACUUCUUGACUGCAGAUCUGGACAGCUACUCUUACCUGAAGAAGGUUUCAGUAGAAGGACAUCUUUACAAUGGAUUUAAUUUAUUAGCAGCUGACUUGAAUACCACCAAAGGAGAUGUAAUUUGCUAUUAUGGAAACAAAGGAGAACCAGAACCUGUUUUCCUAAAUGCUGGAAUAUAUGGAUUGAGUAAUUCUUUGUUGGAUACACCAUGGAAGAAGCUACAAUAUGGGAAGCAGCUUUUCACAGACGUGGUCAAGAGAAGUCAAGACCUUACCAAAGAAGACUUGGUGCAGGAGCUCCUUACAGUGAUGAAUAAUCAAGAACCACAAUUACCAGACCCUGCGAUUGAAGACCAAGGGAAGGAUUAUGUACGUCCUAUAUUGAACAAGUAUGCAGCUGUAUGUGUUCGUUGCCCAGGUUAUGGAACAAGGACUAACACGGUCAUUCUCAUUGAUUCGGAAGGAGAGGUUACUUUCACAGAGCGCAAUAUGAUCAAUGCAGAUGUCAACCAGUGGAAAACAAGCACCUAUGAAUUCAAACUGCACACUUAACAACUUUCCAUUUGAAUGGUUUGUAAUAACAGCAACAAGAGAACAAGCCAUUAAGCUCUAGUAAAUGUUUUGUGCUAGCUCCACAAGCUGAAAAUAGCAAGGAAAGCAAAAGUUUAAAUAAACUGGUAGCACAUUACCAGGCUUACAAAUCCUUUGGAUAAAACCAAAAGAAGAAAUUGUUUUUACGUUAAGUAGCAACUUGUAAUCAGAAAUAAUUUUUUAAAUAUCACUCUGCCUCCAGGACAAGGCCAUCUUUGCCCAAGACAAAGUCAUUGCUGUGUUUUUGGGUUAGUUUUUUUAAAGAUGUUUUAAACAUCUUAAAAAUAGACUCUUAAACAUGUUUUCGUUUCCAAGGAGGGGAAGCAUUUGCUGCUUUUGUCGUCCUGUGUGAAGGUUUUACUAAACUUUGCUUUCCCUUCAACAUACGUUUUUAAGACUGUAUAGCUGAUGGCAAUGUGUGUUGAAUGAUGUAUGUUAUCUUUGUAGCAUUAAGUACUUCAGUAACUUUUCAGUGGUAUCACGGUGUAGUGUUCUGCUUGGGGAGCUCAAAGCCAGGGGGAUUCUUUAACUUUGUUUUCCUAUAGACAGUACAGCAAUAUAUCUUAUUUCUAAAACUUGAUUUGAGAGGAAACUUAGUUCAGUCUUUCCUCAGUUUUGCUGAAAAAAUCUUGGAGGCAGAAUUGCUUAUCAUUGACCAGAAUAAAAUUAUUUGCAUAGUGACAUCUUGUUUCCAGAUAGACCAAUAUUGCUAAUUAGACUUACUUUCUUCCCCAGCAGGCAGGUAAGGAAUAGGUAUCUGUUUGCAAACAGAAGCUGAAUAUGAAGUUUACAUAUAUCAUCUGGUUUAUACAUGUGCAAUUUUGGCUUAAUUUCUUUAUUGGUAUAAUAUGUUAAAGCCUGAAGUGACUGCUCAUGGAUUUUUAGUAAAGAUAGCUAUUUGUUGUAAGGUGAAAUUACUGCAGUCAUACUGCUGAAAAAGUUGGGUAUUAAGAUGCACUGCAUAUGUUCUAACAUCUGUGAAUUAAAAAGCUAUUUAAAUGCAUGCUUUCUUCAAUUAUUCAGUGCCAGUGUAGGUGAUAGAAGAUUCUAGCUAAUACCGAGAUAUUUUAAAACCCUGAGUUAUUUUGCUGCUAUUGGUGUUCUGUUUUGACUUAUUUUUAAUGCUGAAUAUUAAGUUAAUAAUGGAUCACUGCUAUUUUUUGCUAUGUGUGCUGAAUGUAUUCUUUAUACAAGCCUCUGAUUAUUAAUUAAUUAUGACAAAGUAGCAAGAUUUCUGAUACUCUUCACAAAGAUGUGCAGCUAUUCUUCUGUACUGGGACUUGCAUGUUCAAGCAUUCUCACUGGUGUGUCUGUAAUGGAGGCAGCAGUAAAUUACACUUGCCAUUGAGAUGAAGUACUGUGAAAGGCCAUUCCCAGAUUUCUAAUUGCCAGGAGAUGCUAAAGCAGCAUUUAGUCAAUUAAUUCCUUUGUAUUUGCAUAUUUAAAUAGUUCCUAGAUACUAGGACUGCUUGCAUGACUAGUCACAGAUUGUUGAUGCAGUACUACAUAAAUGACUUUCUGACCACCUUGAUUGCAAAGCUGUCAAUGCAGUCUUGUUGGAUUGUACGUGGUUUCAAAGUUGGAGCCUUCCAGGCUAUAUUUCUGAGCAGUAGGGAGUAGUUAGCCCUUUUGUAUUUGUUAUGACUGUUUAAACCAUUUAUUUGUAUGAAUAAAAAAUGUAUUGUUAUUUUUAGAUGCAAAGAAAUAGCCAUAGCUGUCUUAAAUUUUAAUUUGACUAUUUCAUAUUUAAAAACAAAACUCUGCUUUCAUGGCUUAUUCUUACUGAGAGUUUGUGUGGCAAACUUUUUUGUAUCUCAAGAAAAAAUUUACCAGUGUAUAUUUGAACAAGUUAUUCUCUUUGAAGACAUGACCUAAAGGGCAAGGAGAAUGCUUGCCCGCCAUUUCAAGCUAAAAGCAUUCAUAAACCUCAGUUUUUAUAGUAGUCCUGUAAUAAUGAAAAAUUAUUCUUGUAUUUUACAUAUAGGCAAAAGAAAAGCAAGUCAGAGCUUAGAUGUAAAAACAGAUUAUAAUAACACGGUUUGCUUCGCUUGAUUCAAAAUUCUAAAUCUGGGAUUUGCUUUUUCUGACAAUUAAAAUAAAACCCCAAAACCUCUGAUGUUAGUUUUUGUUACAUCAGAGCAAAUAAGUGUGUGUGUGGGGGGGGGAUUAACUGCUUUUGAAGCUCAUGAGAGUUUUGUCACUGGCUUCAGUGAAAACAGGAUCAGGACUGCAGUGCAGGUACCAGGUGCUUGUCCAUAGAAAUGAUCACGUAUUCGUGAAGUGCAUACUUCACUGUGUGCAAGUUAUAGUUGCAAUAAAUCCACUGGAAACAGUAAACUGUAGCUGAAGUUAACAACAUUAUUUUAUUUUUAUAAAUAUUUUUAAGAAUAAAAGGGGAUUUUAAAUACCAGUUUUAAAGGAUAUGAAGGAAAAAAAUGUCCACAGGAAACUACUGCAUGGCAUUUUACGAAGUUUGCUUAUAUAUAACAUCUUUUCAAAUUCAUAAAUUUGCAAGGGAUAUUUGUUUUCUGUCUUUUUCUAUCAAAAUGUUCGUGGAAGAAAUUUUUAAAUAUCUGUAAAAACUCGAGUGUAUUUUUUUGCUUAAAAUUGUUUCAUAGUAGUUGUUUGUGUGUGUUCAAAACUAGAAUCAGAAUAAAGUCAACCUGGUGACCAGUC